AUGGGGAACCAAGGCAAAUCAAGCCAGGUGGACGAUUCGAGACCUGAAGCUGCUUCUGAAGAAGCAUUAGCAAAGCCGAAAUAUGCUCCACCGAGAAAGCCUCUAUCCCCGUACCAGUUGCGGCGCAUAGCAGGUACAUUUGGCAUUGCCAUACCCAGUCUCGACUUGCCGCCUCCUUCCCCCACAUCGGCGUCCUCCUCCAAUCCAAUGUCUACGCCUGGUCCAUCACGAACAGGUGGACAUUCCCCUCUACUCUCGCCAUAUUCACCCCAUGGGUACACCUCCACUAGACCAUCGCCUUAUCUGCUAUCGGUCAUCCCACCCGUCACUUUGCUACCUCCCACGUCGGCCUUGACCCCGGAGCAAGCGCGCAAGAGGGAAAAGAAAUGGCGGAGAGGGACUUUGAUGCCUUUGCAGCCAACUCUGGGAGGCAUGCUUCUCUGCAUUGCAAGAGAGUACGGAUUACCGUCCACAAUCGGGCUCAAUGUCUACCUUGUUCUUCCACAAUCAGCACCUUUCAGUCAGAGAAGUACUGGAGGGGAUGACAGUGAUGAGGAGCCUGAUGGACCAAGGGUCUCGUCUCAGACGUGGACCACCCUCUUCUCCUCGUAUCUUCUCCAGUCGAGCGCUGCUGGGUCUAUAUCUCGAGCGUCGACUCCUUUUCAGACUCCCAUCAAAAGCGCCAGUGAGAGCGAGGGCAGCGAUAAUCGUCCGUCAAGUCCUCUAGCUAGACAUGCGGUUAGUGCUUUGCCUUUGGGCUCCAAACAUCAGUCAACACUGUCUACUUCCACAUCUGCCUCCCACCUUUCAGCGAAUUCCCACUCCAAGGAUAGCUCUUUGUCGUCCAGAGUGCCCCCAACUCCCAUGUCCUCCCUAUCUGCUGCCUCGACUCAGCACCCCAUUGUGGGAACGAUAGAAUUCGAUGUGGAUUCAGACGAAGCAGCUUGGUUUGAGGAUUGGAAAUUGAGAGGCGGAAAGCGAAGGUGGAUGAAGGCUGUCAACGGGGACAACGAGGGAGAGGGAGUCCGCGAGCUUGGAUUGGUGCGCAAGAUGGAGGAAUCGGGCGGGGUCAAGCCGCGGUUUCUGCGAGAUAUCGAGGCUGAGCGCCUUGCCCAGGAAGCUCAUGAAGCUGAGGAGCGUGCAAAAGAUGAACAAGUGUCAGAAGUAGUCAAGCUGCUGGGCGAUCAGGGUGUGAGUAGGGAAGAUCUGUUGAAAAGUCCUAUACAAUUGGGCUGGAGAGACGGGGGCGAAGGAGGCGCCAGUCAGGCGGUCAAGAGAGUGCAAGAGGUGUUGGAGAAGAGAUGGAGUGGCCUGGUGAUGUCGGAUCAGCUGGACGACUUGGAGCGAAUCAUGAGGGGCCUAUCCCCCAAAGAAAUUCGCGUGACUUCGCCCCGAUAUAUGACUCCCGGAACCGCUGCACGCAUAGCCAACAGCAGCACGCUCACUCCUCUGCCAUCUGUACCAGAAAGAGUACCGCUAUCGCCGCUCAAUGAGCGGUUGCAAACACCAAACUUUGACAUUUCCGAUAACGAAUAUUCGGGGUCAGACUAUGGAGAAGGCGAGUCGAUGAAGGAAUCUGCCCAGCGGCACUCGACAGCUCCCACAAAUGAAGAAAACUCCUAUGUCGUCGAGGAUCCUAUCGAUAUGGACCAACAGCAGGCUUGGCCAGCCCAAUCCUAUCGCACUCCUACGCUCCCCAACUCUCCUACCGCUGUGCAGCACUUUCAUCGCCCCAGUUUCCCUACUCCCGAACAGGCUUCAUCUCCUGGUGCCGGCCCGAGUCGACAACUUGAUGCCACUUCACCUGUGGCAGCUUCGUCUGAAACCAUGUCGCGGAUGCAAGCGGACGAGCCCAAAAAGGCGGCCACACCAGAUUGGAUUCCCAGAAGACCGGCGAGACCACCUAGCCCCCAGCUGCCCGACCAAUCGACACUGAAUCAUACAUUGUCUUCGGGUUAUGUUGAUAUUCUGAGAUCACCUCCUCCGAGUGCCAGUCCUACUGGAAAGACAUUCAUUGGCUCUCCAAAAUUUGGGCUGGGCUUGACUUCGCCGGAGGCGUCUACUAGUGGGUUGUAUGAGGAUGGGAGACGGAAGAAGGGAGGCCCUCUCAAAGGGUUGAGACAUCAGAUGAGCGGUGUCAACCUUGGUAUCAAAUGGAAACAGGAUGGCAAAGAUGGGUCUCCCGGCCAGGUCUCCACGUCAGGGCUGGCAUCCUCGCCCAACGAGUUUGGUGCUCUGGCAGAGCAUGAAGAGGACGACGGAAGGCAUAACAGCUUGCCGGGCAGGGUCAACCCUGCCAAGCUCUCAAGCCGUAUCUUCCCAGCCUCUUUCGGGUUCCGUAAGAACGACGAAUCACGCCCUGCGUCUUUACCACAUCGGAGAAACCCUUCCCAAGAUGGCCCGAUCAACAUAUCGGAAAUCAGUGGGCCCAUCAUGUCUUCUUUCCGGCAUACCAGGAGCGGCUCUCUGGCAAGUAACAUGCCUGAAAGCACUUCCCUUCCACAGCACGCCCGCACCGAUUCCAAGGACAUGCAAAGUCCUGUCCAGCCUUUCGUGUCCCAAACGCCCACCACUCCUGCAUCUCCCGCAUCUCCCACGAGGAGUGUCAGGCGUAAGCCAGUGCCGAGUAUGAAAAAUGGCCAACAAAGCGCAAGUAGUGACAGUGUUGGCGUGGGGAUAAGCUCAAGGGGCCAAGAAAAGAGUGUGAAGAGCAGCAUGAGCUUGGGGAGUGUGGCGAGCUUCGUGUUGGAAGACCCGCCGAGGGGGAAGAAAGGACUUGGAAUGGCAGUUUAA